GCCGCGACACGCAUCCGGCGAAAUGCACGCUGACGUGGUCGGCAGCAUUCCGGAGGGGCCGUCGAUGAACAUGAACAUCUAAGAAUAUGCCCACCACCGAUUGAUUUCUUUACAACUCGAUGCUGAUAGAGAUCAAGAAUUCAACCUCAUGUCCAUCCCCACAGUGAGACGAGCCUUUGGCUCGAUUCCGAAACAAAGAACGCUCCAGUCCGUUCGAGGGCUAUUCCAAAUCCAGAUUCUCGCCCUGCUACUGCGAAUCGCCAUCUCAAUCAUCCUUCUGCCACUGGAUAACACCAUCCUGUUUGCCACGUGCCUUCUCGGUCAUUUUUCUGUUUUCCUCUCGCAUUCUAAUCCAGUUCAUCGCCGCCAGGCCGUGCGACGUGAUGUUCAAUUCUACCCGAAAACCAUCCUCAUCUCCGGCAUUGACACCCCUUACGGGCUGGCCUUGGCACGAUGUCUGUACUAUCACGGCCAUCGGGUCGUGGGUGCCGACAUCACAGAGUUCCCGUUCGCAUCGGGCGAAGGCAUGUCGAAAACGCUAGCGACGUUCUAUCGCAUCCCGCGGUCGCACUAUGUGUCCCGCCUGCUCGACAUCAUCCAAAGGGAGAAAGCCGAUAUCUGGAUCCCUUGCUCGUCACGGGCGAGCGUUCUGGAAGACGCAAUGGCUAAGCAGGUAAUUGAAAGUCGAACUGCGUGUAAAUGUAUCCACCUGGACACGGAACUGGCCAAUCGCUUUAGCGACACAGAAUCUUUCACACAGUAUCUCGUCGAAAAGGAGUUACCCGUGGUAGAAAACUACCAAGUGCAGUCGCGUGACUCAGUACACAAGAUCUUACAUCGGUCGCCGAGCAAGGUCUACCAUAUGCGCCGACCAGAUGUUGCCGUGAGCGACAACAAAGUCGUCAUUUUACCGAAGAGGACCCUCAGCAUGACGUAUUCGGAAGUCAGCGAGAUCCAAAUCUCAAAAGAUCGGCCAUGGGUUUUGCAGCAACAGGCUCGGCUAGGAGAGUUCUUCGCUGAAUUGCUGCUUGUUAGCGGACAAGUUAAGGCUAUUAAAAUUCGGCCAGCCGACCACCAACCUUGGGGCCAUUCCCGGCUAGACGAGGGGCUUGCAUGGGCAAUUCACCGACUCAUGGACCGUUUCGCAUUGAAAGGAGGCCAUCGGAUGACUGGCCAUCUAUGCGUGCGGUUACUGGUCGACGAAGAAUUCGAUGCUAACAAUGUGCGCUAUGUAACGCAUAUUGCUGGCUGCACUCAAGGGACGAAUGCUGUUAAGCAUCUUCUGCAAGAACCAUCACCUUCGUUAAUCGAUGGAUACUUGGCGGUUCUCUUAUCGCAACCCGACGAUACGUCCACGGACCUAACCAGAAAGCGGAUACAAGCUAGAGCAAGUAUAUCGACGAUCUCACAACGCCAGUUCAGCUUCUAUGAGACGCUUAAGCAAUGCGAUGUCCGGAGAGUGCUCCCCUCUCUUUAUCCGGUUGCCCAACAAUUGGACCAUUUCGUCGGCCAGGCAGGCGAUUUCUUAUUAUUCUGGAAGGACCCUCGUUUCUCGGUCCUUGAUCCGCUGCCGUGGUGGUGGAAUGCACAUAUCUAUCAACCGCUGAAAGAGUUGGAAUUGGUAUUGAGUAGGAAAGAUGUCAAGAGACUGUAGGAGUACCCACUUGGGUACUUCCCCUCUUUCCCACACCUUUCUCUUUCUUUCCUUUAGCUUUCCUUCUCUUGUCUUUUCAAAUGUUUGUCGUAUUAUUCACCCUUCCCUAUCUGGAGAUCUUUGGGGUAUUGACAUAAUGACCUCGGAGGGUAUUAUAGAGAGCGCCGGGUGGUGUCUUCAAGAAUUAUUAUCAUUAUUGCAUGUUGUCAUGAACACAUAAAAUGGACGAACACCUUAACGAACUGAUGAUACAAUACGAAAAAUGGAAUUUAUUUGAUUUGGAUAGGUUCCUGGCUUAUCAGUACACCAUUUAGCAAUCUACAUGCAACCCGCCUCCGCAUCGGGGACAGGGUCUAAAUCUAAACCCGAUCUCUACAAGACACUUUGACCACGCACUCAUGCAGCUCAAGGAUACUGUCAUUCUCGAAAUUGCCUUGACCAGUAUACACUGAGAAUCUCUUUCCUGACCCUUCUGCCAAGUCGUUAGCGCAGAUCCC